AUGGCUCGGCUCCAGAAUGCAUUGAAAGUUGUUGGAUGGUCGAAUGGAUUGAAAGCAAUUGUAAAGAAGGAGUUACCCGGAAGCCCUGCCAAAAAGCAAAAACCGGCAUCGGUUGCGCCGAAAAUUUUGGACUCCUCGAUCGGAAGACUCUCAAUUGCUAAAAAUAUACGGAUGGACAAAACUACGAUCAUCAUUGGUCACAAAGUUGCAGCUCCGAAAAGAGAAUUCGUCUGGAAUUCUGGAAGUUCACAAGAAUGACCUGGAGUCAUCCUAGCAAACGAGGCAACACUGGAAGAGGACGAAAAACGUUAAGAUUCCGUAUGAAGAUGUCAGAAAACCGAGUUAGGAGGAACUUGGAAUUAAAUUUUUGA